AUGCUCUGUCGCUCCGCCAUCGUCGCCGUGGCAAUGGCGUUAACGGCCCACGCCACUAGCGUGCUGGGAGUGUUCACCCUGAUUGACGACUGUGUGUGGUCCAAUGGAGGCUACGAGUAUCCGGCAGCGUUGCCACUGUUCCCAUCUUGGAUGACAACAUUGCUGUGGACAAUCGACGGCUCGCAACACCACGUUGGCGACAAAGUGGUGUUGGACAUGCCCUGUGUGUUCAAAUUGACGGCGUCGCUGCCAAAGUUUUCAUUGGCUGUUGGCAACGAAAACUAUGCCGACUGUACGUUUUUCAAUGGUGAAGACGUGUCUGAUCUGGCUCAGCUUAAGUGUACCAUUACUAAAGCACCUUCCAAGGGUUCAUCAGUCAAGGGUAAAGUCACUGUACCUUUAGCGUUUAACGCUGGUCUUACUGGUUCAGAUAUCGACUCCAAGUGUGCUAAAGCAUUCUCUCCUCAGGAUGGGUCGUUUACCUUUACUGAUGGGGCUAAUAAUCUUACUGGUAAGGCUAAGUUUGAAGGCUUUUCCGGUAAGCUGUACUCGUUACAGAGAACGCUCCCUUCACUGGGUAAAGCGCUUUUCUUUGUCAAUACCGAAGACAAUUGCGACCAGGGCUACGAUAAUGGUGUGCUUGGUGUUACUUUAGAAAAUGCCAUUGACUGUGAUACGGUCACGGCGGGGUUCGCUUCCAAAUACAAUGCCUUUGGCUACCUUGAAGAGUACACCACCGAAUUCCCCCACUCAGUGGAAUGUCUGGGUAACUCCCUCACCUUGAGAUAUAAUAACGUGCCCACGGGAUACACUCCAUUUAUUGCGGGACGGUCCCAACUGACGAGUGAAGGCCACCAAUAUACUGACCGCUACACCUGUAAGGGCAUCACUGACGAAGAAGAUCGUUCCAGUAUCAAAAUCUUCAAAGGCUACGAUAAUGCCGACAUUUCUACCGAAGGGAAACUGGCAUUAAAAGUUGGUGACGAUAACUCCACAAAACCCGAAGUGUCGCCUGAUCAACCGAUUGCCGUUGUCUACGAGACCACCAUUGACAAAGUGACGGUGACGAAGACGUGUGACUUGUGUGCUCACGAAACGGUGACUGUUCAAGUCCCUUGUGAAGUAUGGCCAACAGUGCUGAACGGUAAAGUGGGAUUCAUCACCACUGAAAUACAACCACCACCGACGUUUACUGAAUCCGAUACUUCUGAAUCGGAAGCCACCGAAGCCUCAGCUCCCGUGGAACAACCCACCACCAGCAGUGAAGAGGAAUCCAUCCCUACAGAGGAGCCAGCGGUGAUUCAAAAUAUCAUGGAGGGCGCCAGAGUGCCGAUACAACAGCCUGCUCCAGUUGACCAAGGCCCGCCGCCUUCGCCUACCACCACUACUACUCGUACUGUGCCUCCUACGGAAGUUCCCUGCGAUGCCGGUGAAGGCUGUGAUGUCAAAACUGCUUACCAAGAGGUCAUUUGCAAAGGUAACUAUUGUGAAAUGACCACGGUAUCAUAUGAUAUCCCCACCACCACCGCAACGCCUACUACCGUGACGUCACUGACACCGACGUUGCACGCUGACGAGGUGCCUACUGCUGAAACCUCGUUGCUGCUGGUGGUACCGCCAGUAUCGUCCGCAAGCGGAGAGAUUCCUGCUGCGCAAUUGUCACUGGUACCGGUAUUUGAAUAUGAAGGUGCCGGUGUUGUGACGAUGCCCCGAGUGUCGCUGGCACUCAUGGCAAUGGCUGCGAUGCUCUUACUCUGA